AUGGAGCCUCAAUCUCUGUGGGCUAAAGUUCUAAAAGGUAGAUAUUUCUCCAAUGUCAGUUUCUUGGAAGCUAAAAUGAGUGGUCGUGCUUCAUGGGCAUGGGCGAGCUUGCUCGAGGGCAAGGAUAUCCUGCUUCAUGGUGCACAUUGGCAAGUUAUGAACGAGGUACAUAUUACUGUGGGUUGA